AUGCCCGACCUCGGCGGCGGCGGCGGCGCUGAUGCGGACGACAACCCUGUCCAGCAAAAGGCCGCGACCGCGCAGGGCUUAGUCGGCUGGGAUGCCUACUCCCCUCGCUCCGUCGAGCACCUCCCCCCGCCUCUGCGCAGUGGCGCUUCUCGCCUCGCUCCGCCGCCCCUCGCCAGCGAUGCCAGCGAUGAUGCUGGCGACGUGUCGACAGACAGCGGGCUGCACACCGUCGAUGCGUGCCCGCCGCACGAAGCGGCUGUCGUCGAGGCGUACAACGUGACGAAGCCUCUCGCCGACCGGCUCUGGCCCGUUUUGGCGGACAAGGACCUCGCGGAUGGCUGGACCGGCCUCUCAGUUGCCCUCCUCGCCUCGUGCCUGGACUCCGACGGUGCGUCCAUGGGCGUCGAAUCGCUCUCCGCCUGGUGGACGGGCCUCUCUCGGCGCAGGGAUGACCUUCGGCUGUCGAUGGCGCGCACGCUUCGCUCCAUCACGCAGACCGAGGGGUUCGGCCGCGCUGUGCUAUCCGACGCGGCGCGGUCCGAGCACCAGCGCCUUCUCAAGCUGUGCCUGGGCUUUGUGCGUGAGUCCAAGCGCGUGCUCGAGGACCCGUCCUGCGUAAGCAACUACCCGCUGUGCCUCGAGGUUGUGCAGCUCGUCGCGAGCCUCGCGGCGGCCACGGCUGGCGACGUCCGGUACGAUCCCAAGCGCUGGCUUCGACCACUGAUGGUGCCCGCAUCGCUUCAAAACUCGUGGCCCAUCGUGGAGCGCUGCUCGCUGCUCGAGCUUCUCAUGCGGUGGGUGCGGUGGCGCGAGGACAAGGCGCUGGCGGCGCUGGCCACCGGCGGAGUAAGGCCGCAGACGCAGCGUUCGACGCCCGCGGUGGGCUCGCUCGAGGAGCAGGCUCUCUUCCGGAUCGAGACGGUCUCUGCCCACGCGAUCCUCCUCCUCGUGCAGUCGGGCCCGGUCAUGGAGCGCGACCGUCUCCUUGCGAUCGCAGAGGCGGGGCCGUGGUCGCGGGAUCUCGACCUCCUCGGCUGGUAUGAGAGCACGCACGCAGAGGAGGGGCACAACACGCUCGCGUGCCUCCUCGGGCACCACUUUGAGCAUCUCCUCCCCGCCUUCCUCCAUCGCGCCUACUUUUUCGCCGGCUCGUCGCCCCGCCUCUCCACGAGGUACUUUCACGCCAUCGUCGAUGCGCUUGUCCCGGCCGACGCCGCACUCGACGAUGGGCCGGCGGCGGCGUCGGACCGCGACUUUGAGUCCGAGGUGGAGGCCGCCUCUCCGAGCCUGAUGCUGUUCGGCAUGAUCCACCUCGCCUCGACCGACGCGCGCACGCGCUCGCGGGCGUUCGACCUGAUCUGCCGCCUGACCGACUCCUUUGGCCCGGCCGAGGGGUUCGAGUGCGAUGGCUCUUCGCUCGGAGCGCGUCGGCUCCUCUACGCCGCCGACGAGCCCACGCCGAUGCUGCUCUCAUCGCAUCUCGAGAAGAUGCGGCUCGCCGUCGCGGCCCAGUGCCCGGCGCUCUCGCUGCCUCUCGUGCGUGGGGGCGUAGCCCUCCUCACGCAGACUCAGCCGCUCGCCCUGACCGGAGCGCAACAGCUGCUGGUACUACGCACCCUCUCACCGUGGCUGGCCAACUUGCAGCUCGAGCCGCUGCCGUCCAGCCGGCUCUCGGAGUCAUCCACCUUCCAGUUCCUGCGCGAAAUCGCCAUCGUCGGACUCCAGCCGUGGUCGGCUUCCGGCGAGGCUGGGGAUGCCUAUGGUGCGCUGUGGCACCAGCUGUCGGCACGCCCUGCAGACCGAUCGACCGCCGGACAGCCCGCCGCCCCGUCCAACGCUUAUGUGAUUGCGUCGUUCAUGCUCCAAGUCGCCUCGCGGUCGGACAAGGCGGCGACACUCGUGCGGCGGCUCGCAGUCAUCGCCUUCGACGCUUCGCCGGCCGAGUUGCUGCCGAUGCUGCUCGCGCGCAUUGAGGGCGAGCCUCUCGAGGAGUCACCGCCGCCCACCACGCAACCCUGCGCCCCCGGCCCGGGAGGCCUCAUCGAGUCGGUGGUCGAAGGCGCCUCCGGUGCGGACCAGGCUGAGGACCCCAUCAUGGCUGCCGUCGUUGCGCUUUCGGGCAAGCCCUCGAGGGUGCAGCCGCGAACGCUUCGGUUCGCCUCGGCGGCGGCAGCUACUGAGGCGGAGUCGGCGCCGGCCGUGCCCGGGGGGCUGCCCGAGGAGAACGAGGCGGUCCCUGCGCCAGAGGAGGAGGAGGGAGAGGAGGAGCUCCUCGCGAGCACCGAGCAGCUGAGGGCCGCAGCGCUGCUGAUGCUCAUCGAGCCGCUCCGCCACUCGAUGCAGCGGCCGCUCGCGCAAUCGGCCGUGUGCGGGGAGAUGCCGCGUAUCCUCAACCUUGCGCUCCUGCUCAUGCACUCGCAGUCCGAGUCGGCCUUGAGCGUCGAGGAGAACCGCUCGCUCCGCCAGCUCUUGCGGGCUAUGCUCGAGUCGAUCGUCGAGGCCCACCGCCAGUCGGCGGGCCUCGCUCACUUGCCGGUCGGCGUCACGACCAACCAGCUGCCGAGAGAGGUCUUGGCCCUCACCGAGCGGCUCGGCCUGGCGAGCUUCCGCCUGCGCUGGCCGCGCGUGCCAAAUGAGGUCAACAACGCGACACCGAGCAUCGCGAUGGCGAUGGAGGCGGUCAACUGCUGCCCGAUCAAGGAGGCGCUGUGUGGCAUCCUCGCGUGCGUCGAGGGCCUAGGCAGGACCGAAGUGGCCGCCGAGUGGUUCAGCCUCGCAAUUAACCGCCUGCGCCAGCCCAUGGAGCUCGCCGAUCGGUUCAAGGAGCUGUCUCUCGUGCGGCUCUUGCUGCCGCUGCAGCCGGAGCACGUGCGGGUUACGGGUCUGUUCCACCUCGUCCUCGAGUCUGCGCAGACCGCGUUGCUGGAGCUCGAGGGGGCGGCCGCCGCGCGUCAGCGCAAGUCGCUCCCGCUCGCGCUGGCGGAGGAGGCGGGAGCGCUCCUCGGCGACAUUGCCGCAAGGCUCGCCGCCCGUGGGCAGCUCGUCCAGCAGCCUCUGCUCCCGUGGGCACUAGUUGCGCUGACGGCGUCGCCACACCCAUCCAUCCACGCCACCGUCUACCCAGCCCUCUGCUUCUGCCUCGACCACGAGCCGCUGCUCGUCGCGAUGCGGGCAGGGACGCUCCUGCCGCCGCCCCCGCGAGCCGACUCUGGCGGAGGCGACGCGUUUGCCGGAGGCCUGCUCGCCGCCCUCUUGCGAAACGUGUGCGCCGCGGGCUGCUGGGGUGGAGCGGCAGCUAGCGGGCUGCCAGUUGCGCACAAUGGCCCCGCCGUUGCCGAGGCCGCGCGUGGAGCCGCCCUCCAGUCGCUGCGUCUGGCGAGCAGCGUGCAGGCAGCGCUCGUCCUCUCCAGCCCCAAGCGCGAGGUCGCCGAGAUGUUGGCAGGCGUGGCCGCCCCCUUGCUCGAUUGCUGGGUCAUUCAGCUGUGCGAGCUGCACGCGCUGCUGUCUGGCGCGUCGGCCGACACCUUUGCAACUCGCGCCGCCGCGCUCGCCGCCUUUGAGGGCCUCAGCGACGCAGCGGUGGCGGUCGACUCGCUGCGAGGCGACACAGGACCGACGACCACCACGGCCGCCUUGGUGGCGGUGGCGAGCGGCGAUUUCGCCCUCGGCGACGGGGACGCGGCCAUUCGGUCGCUCGCGACGCCGCUCCUCAAGGCCUUCUUGCCCACUGCUGGCCCGCACCUCGCGCGAUUCGCGCGGCGCCUUCUCGCCUCGGGGCCCAAGCACUACGCGGCGCCCGUGCUCCUCCUCUGCACGGUCGCCCUCCGCACCCCGGGGGCGGAUUGCGUCGCCGCGUUCAAGCCGAUCGUCCAGGGCGUGGCCGGCCUCAGCCUGCCGGCCGUGCCCGACCUCCUCCUUGCCGCUGCAAUGGCCGGGACUCGCCCAACCAGACUCGAGGCGGUCAUCACGACCGCCCAGUGCGAGGGCCGCGACACGGCCCUCGCGGCAGGCGCUGCGGACACGGGGGCGGAGACGCGAGGCGCGUCUGGGGCCCUGCACGCGCUCGAGCAGGUGCUGGCGCGAGCGUGA